GGAAGGGAGAAGGGGAGGCGGGGAGAGGGGGCUCCGCUGUGGGCUGGUUGCAUUCAGCCCUGAAGAAGAGGAGGCAGCCUUAGAGACGGAGGACGAGAGAAGCAGAGCAGCCUCAGCCUUCCUUGCCUCGCCUCGUUCUGGGUCGGGAAGCUUUUGCUGCCACAAAGCCAGGCGUGCCUUGCCCUCCCUCCCUCCUCUUUCUUUGGGCAGCCAUGGGGGGCUCUGGGGGUGCAGAGUAGCUGCGAAGGAGCCAUGCUCCUGCCUCAGCCCCAUCGCUCCCCUUCCUCCUCCCCGGCUGGGGGCUCCAGUUAGCCCCAUUGUGGGCAGGAAGAGAAGGAAGGAAAGAAGGAAGGAAGGAGACCCCCAGCAGCCUCAGCCUCAGCCUCCUCUCGCCGCCAGGACUUGGGGUUUUGUUGCUCAGAACGGCGGAUAACAUGCAUGUAACACUAGCUGAAGCCUUGGAGGUUCGGGGAGGACCAUUGCAAGAGGAAGAGAUAUGGGCUGUAUUGAAUCAGAGCGCUGAAAGCCUUCAAGAGUUGUUCCGAAAAGCUGAUCCAACAGCCCUGGGGUUCAUCAUUUCUCCUUGGUCUCUUCUGCUGCUUCCAUCAGGCAGUGUAUCAUUUACAGAUGAAAAUGUUUCUAACCAAGACUUGCGAGCUUUCACAGCACCAGAGGUUCUCCAGAAUCAAUCAUUAUCAUCUCUUUCAGAUGUUGAAAAGAUCCACAUUUAUUCCCUUGGAAUGACACUUUACUGGGGAGCUGACUAUGAUGUUCCUCAAAUUCAACCCAUCAAACUUGGGGAUCAUUUAAACAGCAUACUGCUCGGGAUGUGUGAAGACAUUGUUUACGCCCGUGUGUCAGUGCGGACAGUUCUGGAUGCCUGCAGUGCUCACAUACGAAACAGUAACUGCGCACCUUCCUUCUCAUAUGUGAAACAGUUGGUGAAACUGGUUCUGGGGAGCUUCUCUGGGGUAGAUCAGCUUUUAUGCAUCGGAGAUAGAAACCUUCAGACUGACAGGAGCCAGGCCAUACGGGAGAGGCUGAGAGGGAAAGGACUUCCCACAGGAAGAAGUUUAUUGGCUGAUGCUGCAGAUGCUCAAAAGGCCCCAUUCUCUCAACAGAUUAUGCUCAACAAAGGGCUUAGUAAAUCGAUGGGAUUCUUGUCUGUUAAAGGUUCGCAAGGUGAAGAAGAAUUUUACCAAGGCAUUUCCUCCAGCUACACCUCUGACCAUGAUAAUGACAUAAAUACUUGCUGCCCAUACCAAUGUAGAGCUAUUGACUUGGAAAGGAAAGCUGAUGAUGGCCCAAAGCGGAAAGUUUGGGCUUCCUCCUCAGAUUUGCUCUCCACAACUGACAAAGUAACAGAGAGGGACUGUACUGGGGACUCCCGCAAGCACCGUCGUCAUGCAGGGACAGUUUCUGUACGGACCUCAGCAGCCACCAAAAGCAAGGAGGGCAGAUACUCAGAUGGGAGCAUAGCCCUUGAUAUAUUUGGCCCUCAAAAACUAGAUCUGAUGCGUCAUGGGCCAGAGACAUCUACAGCUGCAGCUUUGUCAAGUGCUUUUGACAGGAUUAAAGAGCGGCAGAGGAAACUGCAGUUGCUCAGGGAAGCCAUGAAUGUAGAAGAGCAUGUACGAAGAUAUAAAUCUUACCACAGUGACGUAUACAGCACAGACAGUGAAAGUCCGUCCUUCAUUUCUUCUGAGACAGAUUUCAGGCAAGUGAGGAAGUUUGAAGCACUACGGGAUGACUCCAGUGGUCCUUCCCAGGCAGCAGGUGAUGCCUCUCCAUUAGGUCAACUUCAGGGGCAAAGAUCAAGGCAACAUGAAGCACCACCUGAAGGCAACCUUUUAAAUCAAGAAGUGAUGCUGAAGCGCCAGGAGGAGGAGAUGAUGCAGCUUCAGGCUAAAAUGGCUCUCCGGCAGUCUCGACUAAGCCUGUAUCCUGGAGAAACAGUGAGGCCAUCCAUGCUUGAUAUGACAAGGGAUCCUCUCAGAGAAAUAGCACUGGAAACAGCCAUGACCCAAAGGAAAUUAAGGAAUUUCUUUGGCCCUGAAUUUGUGAAAACAACCAUUGAGCCAUUUACCUCCUUGGACCUGCCAAAGUCAAUUUUGAACAAGAAAGGAAAGAAUGAAGAUAAUCGUCGGAAAGUAAAUGUCAUGAUUUUAAGUGGGCAGAGGCUAGAACUGACCUGUGAUACAAAGACAAUUUGCAAAGAUGUGUUUGAUAUGGUAGUGGCACAUAUAGGCCUAGUGGAACAUCACCUGUUUGGUUUGGCUACUUUAAAAGACAAUGAAUUUUUCUUCAUUGAUCCAGAGCUAAAACUGACUAAAGUAGCUCCUGAAGGCUGGAAAGAAGAACCAAAGAAAAAGAGCAAAAGCACAAUAAAUUUCACCUUGUUCUUCCGCAUUAAGUUCUUUGUGGAUGAUAUUAGCUUCAUACAGCAUACUCUGACGUGUCAUCAGUAUUACCUGCAGUUAAGGAAAGAUCUCCUGGAGGAAAAGAUGCACUGUGAUGAUGAGACAGCCUUAUUACUUGCCUCACUGGCCCUGCAGGCAGAAUAUGGAGAUUACCAGGCUGAAGUGCAUGGCCUGUCUUAUUUCAGAGUGGAACACUAUUUACCAGCUAGAGUGAUGGAAAACUUGGACUUAUCUAAUGUCAAAGAAGAAUUGCCAAAACUUCAUAGCACUUACACAGGUGCUUCUGAAAAAGAGGCCGAACUGGAAUUUCUUAAGAUUUGCCAGAGACUGACAGAAUAUGGUGUUCAUUUUCAUCGUGUGUUGCCAGAAAAAAAAUCUCAGACAGGAAUUUUACUGGGAGUUUGUCCCAAAGGAGUUCUCAUUUUUGAGGUUCAGAAUGGAGUCCGUACACCUGUCCUACGUUUCCCAUGGAGAGAAACAAAGAAAAUAUCCUUUAGUAAGAGGAAGAUAACUCUACAGAACACAUCUGAUGGUAUAAAACAUGCAUUCCAAACAGACACAAGCAAAACCUGCCAGUACUUGCUGCAGCUCUGCUCUUCACAACAUAAAUUCCAGCUCCAAAUGAGAGCCAGGCAAAGUAAUCAGGAUGCUCAGGAAAUUGAGAGAGCAUCAUUUAGGAGCCUCAACCUCCAUACGGAUUCUGUUAAGGGAUUUAACAUGGGGCGUGCCAUCAGCACGGGGAGUCUCGCAAGCAGCACGUUGAACAGGCUUGCGGUCCGGCCACUGUCGGUGCAAGCUGAGAUCCUCAAGAGACUCUCCUACUCUGAACUAUCACUCCUCCAGCCUGCACAAGGCUGUCCCAAAGACCAAAGGGAGAAGCCACCAUGGGAGGAAAGACCCAAAAUAAUGAGCAAAUCCUUUCAUGACCUGACCCAAACUCAGGUGUCUGUCAGUCCAUUUCGGAAGAAUGUUGCCAGCCCUAUGGAUUCCACUUCGCAAAGAGUGGAAGAAUUGAUGGGGAAGAUCUUCCAACAGAUGCCAAAAUUGGAUACAGAAUCAGUAGCUGGGGGAGCAAAGCUAAACAAUUCAUACUGUCAUGCAGAUUUAAGUGCCAGCCUAGAAAGGAGGAAAAAUGAAUCAGACUCUUCAUCUGCUGAAGAUACUGGCCAAGCCUAUGUUGUAGAUGCUCUACAAACAAGUCAGAAUACAUUGUUGUUGCCAGAAAGAGAAAUCAAUUUAGUAAGCUUGAAAAAAGAUGAAAAGUAUGGCUUAGGGUUUCAAAUAAUUGGUGGAGAGAAGACUGGAAAACUGGAUCUUGGAAUUUUUAUUCAUUCUAUAACUCCUGGAGGACCAGCAGAUUUGGAGGGGUCAUUAAAACCAGGAGACCGCCUGAUAUCAGUGAACAAUGUAAGCUUGGAAGGGGUCAGCCAUUGCAUGGCAUUAGAAAUUAUUGAGCAUGCUCCAGAAGAUGUGACUCUGGUUAUCUCACAACCUAAGGAGGGACCUACCAAAGUGUCAUCCAGUUUCCUCAGUGGUACAAAAGGAUACUUAAAGAGGACUUCGCUAAUACCAGACAACGAGGCAGAGUCAUCUUCAGAGGAGCACAACAGGCCACAAAGCCACCAGAAACCUGCAUCAGGGAACUUCUCUGGCCUUUGCUCAGGCAAGCGAGAUGGAAGUCUCAGCUCCCAAGAUUCCAGGACUGAGAGUGCCAGCCUGUCACAGAGCCAAACCAAUGGUGUAUUACUUGGCAAUCAUAUCAGUGACAGAGCCCAGCAGGAAUUUCAGCAUUACAGUGAUGCCCAGCUUGCCCUUCCCAAAUGCAAGGAGAAGAAUGGAUUCUCUCUGGAGGACAAUCUAACAAAGCCCAAAAAGUCUGGAAUGGUGGAAACCACUGAGUAUUCUGACCGAGGGGAUUCGGACAUGGAUGAAGCCACUUACUCCAACAGCCAGGAGCAAACAGCAACAGCUUCAAAAAAGGAGUCUUCCUUCAUGAAUUUGGCCAACUCAAUGAAUUCUAAAAAGUUUUCUACACCACCUCUUAAACCUGGAGAUAUCUUUGAAGCAGAACUGGUCAAAAAUGAGAACGGCCUGGGAAUAAGUGUCACGGUACUGUUUGACAAGGGUGGCGUGAACACUAAUGUGAGACAUGGAGGACUUUAUGUCAAGGCUAUUAUUCCAAAAGGAGCUGCAGAAGCUGAUGGCAGGAUUCAAAAAGGUGAUCGUGUACUUUCUGUCAAUGGGAUUACUUUGGAAGGAGCCACCCAUAAAGAAGCUGUGGAAAUUCUGAGGAAUACUGGCCAGGAGGUUCAUCUGGUGCUAGAAAAGGGGCAGCUCCCAACAGCCAGAGUCCAAGCUCCAGUUACACCACAGUGCACACCUCCAAACCAACUCAAUCAUGGUGGAACCCCUGAGAGACCUGUCAAGACAACUUUAAGUGCCAGAGAGUACAACUUUGUCACUGAUGAUAACACAUUUGAAGUGAAGCUAGUGAAGAACAGUUCAGGCUUGGGCUUUAGUUUCUGCCGUGAAGACAGUGUUUCUCCAGAACAGCCAGGUUCCAGCAUAGUCAGAGUCAAAAAGCUCUUCCCAGGACAACCUGCUGCAGAAAGUGAGCAGAUCGAAGUUGGGGAUGUCAUCCUGAAAGUCAAUGGCUCUUCUUUAAAAGGACUAUCCCAGCAGGAAGUCAUCUCUGUUCUCAGAGGAACAUCUCCUGAAGUCACCCUUCUUCUCUGCAGACCACUCCCUGGAAUAUUGCCAGAAAUUGACCCUUCUUUAUUGACCCCUAUCCAUUCCCCAGCACAAAUUUUCCCUGAAAUCAACAAAGGAAAUGCUCAGUCAUUUCACGGAGAUCAUGAUGAGAGCUCUGAUGAAAAUGAAGCCACAGACAAAAGCAAGAAGCGAAUCAAGUCUCCCUCCCGGAGAGACAGCUACAGUGACAGCAGUGGAAGUGGAGGGGAAGAGCUUGUUGCAAACACAACCCAAAUGGCAGGCAACAGGUGGAGCUCUGCUUUGUACCAAACUCCAAACAAAUCAGCAGCUCAAGUACAUAGUCCUUAUGAAAUGCCCUGUGACCAAGAAGAAGCUCUUCGCACAGUAUAUCAUUCUUCUCAUGAGUCACCUAGGAAACCAGAAACAGAGGACAGUAAUCCUCCAUCUUCUUUGCUGAUGGAUUUGCCACCAAUCCAAAGCUGUAGAACCGUCACACCUAGUUCAACAGAGGAGAAAUACAGCAGUUCUGUCUCUGAGCUUACAGCACCACAGGAAGGCCUGGUAUCGCUUUUCAACCAGCUUGAAAAACAUGUUGAUGAAUAUGAACCAGAGGUGGAGCUCCAUGUGGUGCUAACUAAAUCGGAAAAGGGCAGUCUUGGUUUCACAGUUACCAAAGGUAGUGACAACGUUGGCUGUUACAUCCAUGAUGUCAUUCAGGACCCUGCCAAAAGUGAUGGGAGAUUACGACCUGGAGAUCGCCUGAUCAAGGUUAAUGAUACAGAUGUCACUAACAUGAGCCACACGGAUGCAGUCAGUUUCCUCCGAGCUGCUCCAAAGAUUGUCAGGCUGGUGCUUGGACGUGUUUUGGAGUUACCCAAGAUACCCAUGAUGCCACAUCUGCUGCCUGACAUUAGCUUAACUUGCCAUAAUGAACAACAACUGGGCAUCUCCCUUGCAGGUGGCUAUGACAGCCUUUAUCAGGUGGCGUAUAUUAAUGAUAUCAGUCCCAAAUCUGCAGCAGACAUGGAGGGAACUCUCCGUAUCUUGGAUGUCAUCCAUUACAUUAAUGGGUUCAGCACUCAAGGAAUGAGUUUGAAAGAAGCAAAGAGGAUGCUGGAGAUGUCCCUUCCAACAGUGAUACUGAAAGGAACAAGAGAUGGUCACCCAGUGUUUCCAAAAACUAAAGAUCCUGAUAGCUGUAGCUUGAAUUCAAUCAAACAUAAUGGGCAUUUUCAUGGGAAAACAUAUGGUAAAUCAGAAACAGGAUAUGAUGUGUGUGUGCCCAAGAUUAAUGGUGAAAUGAACAAUAACCAUCAGGCAAAAGGACCAGCGCAUGUCACCGUAUCUCAAGAGCUGUCCUCAUGUAAUGCUACUAGUCACAUCUCUGAUUUUUCCAAGUACAGUAACAACUCAGUGGAGAUACAAGAUGAGGAUUCUUAUGAUGAGGAUGAUCCUAAUGAAGUCAUCCAGUACCUUUUAGAUGUUGUAGAUGAAGAAGCCCAGAACCUGCUAAACCGCAGUAAUGCUACAUCUGGGAAUCAUCCGCCAGAGGCAAAUGGGAAAGUUUCAGAAGAGAAGUCAGAAGACACUGAUUGCGAUGGGUCAUCUUUGCCUGAAGAUUUCCCUGAGCCACCCCAGCUAAAUGGCUGUGAAGAUCACAACAAUGGCAGAAGAAUUUCUGAAAGAUUACCUCUGAUGGUUCAGGGAGAUGAUGAUGAGAUUACAUGGGGAAGUGAUGAAUUGCCAAUUGAAUCAAUAAACCAGCAGUCAACUGUAGAAGUCACAAGUGAAGAGUUUCCUGUGCUUUCAGUCAUUCAAGUGCUUCCUUUGGGCAAAUACACAGGGUCCAACCUAAAGUCAACUAUCCGGAUGCUACGAGGCCUGUUGGAACAAGGAGUCCCUUCUAAGGAGAUUGAGAACCUUCAUGACUUGAAGCCUUUGGAUCAGUGUCUGGUGGGCCAAACCAAAGAAAAUAGGAAGAAGAACAGAUAUAAGAACAUAUUGCCAUAUGAUACCACAAGGGUUCCUUUAGGGUCUGAAGGUGGCUACAUCAAUGCCAGCUUUAUACGGAUGCCGGUGGGGAGCAAGGAAUAUGUUUAUAUUGCAUGCCAAGGACCCCUUCCUACUACCGUAGCAGACUUUUGGCAGAUGGUUUGGGAACAAAAUUGCACUGUCAUAGCCAUGAUGACCCAGGAAGUAGAAGGGGAAAAGGUCAAAUGUCAGCGGUAUUGGCCUGAAGCUGUUGGCAAAACUACAAUGAUCAGCGAUAGAAUCCGGCUCUCCCUUGUGAGGCUGCAGCAGCACAAAGGAUUUGUCAUUAGAGCCAUGGAGCUAGAGGACAUUCAGACAGGUGAACUCCGGCAUAUUUCCCAUUUAAAUUUCACUGCCUGGCCAGAUCAUGACACCCCUUCUCAACCAGAUGAUUUGCUCACUUUUAUAUCCUACAUGAGGCACAUUUACAAAUCAGGGCCAAUCAUCACUCACUGCAGUGCUGGCAUAGGACGAUCAGGGACACUUAUUUGCAUAGAUGUAGUUUUGGGACUAAUCAGCCAAGAUCUUGAGUUUGACAUCUCCGAUGUGGUGCGCACAAUGCGCCUUCAGAGGCCUGGCAUGGUGCAAACCGAGGAUCAAUACAUUUUCUGCUAUCAAGUUACUCUGUACAUCCUAAAACGUCUGCAAGCAGAAGAACAACAAAGCAGCUAAAAUUAUAAAGCUGAUUGCAUACUAAAAUGAAAAAGAGAAAAGAGACAUAUUUACACUCCAGAGUUCAACUAUAACAUUCAUUUGCCUCCCGGAGAACUAUGGCUCUGUAAUAAAGAGCAGAGAUCAAUAAUUCUAAGGGAAGAUCUUCCGCACGCUUGUCAAAUUACAAUUCUCAAGUUUUUUAAUGGGAAGCCAUGACAAUGAACCUGGUAUAAACCAAUGUUGUGUGUAGCUUAGCUUUGUCCUUAGUGCAUUUUGCCAAUAUAGUUCCAGUUCCAAUGUCUAUCAAGGAUCAAGUACUACUAUAACCCCAUCCCUCUUUAAAACAGUGGGAUCCUUGUUCAUCAUUUAUAUUUAAUAGUGCUGCAUUUUUGCAGCUGUUUCAGGCUAUGAUAAGCAAUUGGGAUUUUUUAAAGAAAGGUUUUUUAAUUAUUUUUAAAAGAAGUAUUAAUGCCUUCUGCAAGUUUUUUCCUCAGCUACUUUAUAGUUUACUUCUAAUGCUGGGGGGUGGGGGUGGGAAAUGAGAACAGUAUUUUAUCUGCUGGAUUUUCUUACAGGUACAUUUUUAUUAGUCUGUUUUCAAAGUUUGUUUAUAGCAGAGCUGUCUUUUCAGUGCAGUAGAGCUUUUUAUAGAAAAUACUUGAAAUCAGUAUUUAAGCUUUAUGGGACGUCUUAUUAGUGUAAGGAAAAAAUAGCAAAUGUUUAUUGUAUCACAGGUUACAAUGUUUACUUUAUAUAGAGACUUGUAUAUAUUUAUAUACUUUUACCAAAAAAAUGUUGAACUUUCAGAUGUGUAAGCUUGUAACUGCUGAGGCAUUUCCACUGUGUAAAUAAAAGAACCCUUUUAAAAU